GAAAUUAGUGUUAAAGUGGCAGAGAUGCUCUAUUCCCAAGUGGGUGUGAAUGGCUUACGGUAAUGUCGCACGCGAUGGGGUUUUUGAAGGUCCUUUCUCCGGUCAUCCCAGAAAGACAGCGAGGGGUAGCCGGUCAACUAUGGAGUUAGGAGGUGAACCGGGUGCCCUGAGCCUUUUCCUCAGAUGAACCGACUUCGUCCCGCCCACCGAUGUGCAGAUGAGGGUUGUUUCGAGGACAGCGACUUGGAAGAGUUUUGACUUAUGCAUUCGAGGCGUGUGGGUGGGGUUUGAAAUCGAAGACCUGCCUGCCGAGGUUUUUUCUCGAGAUCGGAUGAGAGUUAAUGUGUGCCAUUCGUGAGCAGUUCGGGACAGGGGCGGAAGAAAAUGACGAGAUGAUGGAGUCUGAGAUGUGAUUGAUGGGCAUUGCAUCGUUUAGUGGGUGGGUUGAUUGAUGUGGAGUGUUGCAGAGUUGGGUUAUGGGUGCUUUACAUGGAUUGUCUGGUAGAAGGGUGGAGGUAACUGCACGAACAAUUACUAGAGGAAGCUGUGAAGUGGUUUUGAAGCCUCGGUAGUGUAUGUGGUGAUGGAGGCUGGUACCAGUAGCUCGAGUGGUUUGCUAUUGAGAUUCUUGAAACCGGGCGAUAUGGCUUCCACAUCCAGAGGGAAUUUCGUGAUUUCUUCAGAGGGAACCGCAUCCGUUUCCGAAGAGCAUUUUCCCAGGAGUGACAGUGUCCCGAAUCUCGAGGAUCUGAUUGCGGGUGAUUCUCGACUAGAAGAGCUUUUCAAAGGGGACUCCGCGGUUUUGCUGACAAAACAAUGCGAACAAGGAGAGGGUGGCGACGAUACGGAUGAUGAGGAUGAAGGUGAAGAGGUUGCCGAUCAUACGGGACUGAUUGGGCCAUGCUGUGACCGUGGGCAUGUGCUUAGGUUUUUGACUGUGCCUCCAUAUCGAACCGGAGCCUUCGACUGCAACGUAUGUUCCCAGAGAGGAACUGGUCAAGUAUAUCACUGUGAGACGUGUCUGUUUGAUCUGUGCCCUAGGUGUGCCGUGAGGACUGCCUCUCCAGUGAUGGAAUCGGAAUGGAAUCCUUCAUCAUCGUUAGCUUCUUCUAUCUCCGCGCUGGAAAUACCACCAAGCUGGGGACAACCUCUUCUUGGCUGCUGCGAUCGAUCCCACACUCUUGAAAUUCUGGAAUCUGCGCCGUAUGAAAAUGGAGUUUACAUGUGUAAUUUGUGUCUGCGAACGGGUGAAGCGGAAGUUUACCAUUGCACUCUAUGUACAGAUUUCGAUCUUCACCCAGAAUGUGCUAGAAUUACGAGAGAGAUUAUGUCCUUCACGCAUCCGCACCGGUUAGUCUUACAACCUCCAUACAGUCGCGGCCGUAAUGCCAUGUGUGACGGAUGUCUUGAAAUUUUAGGGGGUUCGCAGUGGACAUACAGAUGCAGCACCUCGGGCUGCGAUUUUGACCUACACGCUCGUUGUGCAAAAUAUGCAAGGACAAUCUUGCAUCCCAUCCAUGAAGAGCAUGAGCUUGUUCUCAUAAACGAGUCGACGGCUGGGCCGAACAGCCAUGUGAUGUGUGAUGCAUGCGACGGAGCUGUGGAUCUAAAAGAACUUGUAUAUCACUGCGAAGAAUGCGGAUUCGACCUUCAUCCUACUUGUGCUAUAGGGUCUGAUGUAGUGCACAGCUGAUCAAGACUUCUCCUCCUAAAGCUGUGAUAAACAGGGGAGACAUCGAACCAGAUUUUUAUCCACAACAUGCUUUAAUAGACGUUUUUGGAAGUGUAUGCUUACCCAUGUGGAAUGGGUGAAGCUCUCUCGUUUACGAUACUGGGCUACCUGACGCGAUCUACAAUUUUGUAGCUUAAGUUAACUGUUGGUAAUUCGUUCUGUUUCGUUCUAUUUGGUAGCGAUAUGUGGAUGUUGAAAGCUGGAAUCGAUUGUUGACGGGAGAUCUGAUAGGAAUUUUCUAGCUUUGUCUUCGUCUAACUCACGUCGAACUGCUGAACAUGGAAACUUAGUUACGCUUUUGGACAUUGUGACUUGUCCUACAAAAAUACAAGUUCGAGGGAGAUGGUAAUCUAUUUCCUUGUCUAGGGUAUGCUUCUUUCAUAAGGACAAUGACAAGGUAGUACUCAGACAACAAAUUACUUCGCUUCAACUUAUAUUCCCUUCAUGCAUGUGCACUUUCACAAGUUUCUACAUCUACACUACACGGUGUGAAGUGGAUAGCUUGAGUGUGUUGCGAGUAAAGUACUUGUCAACUGAGUUUGUUACUCGUAGUAGAGUUACUUAGAGAUUUACUCCUUCAAAUAGGUUGGAUCAGAUCCGUUUUCCAUAUUGACGAAGCUCACUGAUACAUACCUAGGGCGGGGCAGAUUUGAAUAUAUCUAUGGGUCAGGAAAAAUAUCCUUUGUACUCUAGUUCUUCAGUUAGAAAGCAUCAAAUAAAGAGUUUCAAAGCUGGUAUCGGAUACAUUCCGGCAUUGGAUGUCCUCAUUAAGCAAA